AUGGAGCUUCAGUUCCUGUUCUUCUUCUUCCCCGGCAUUUUCAAGCCAUUGAGUCUCCUUCUCUUCAUCAUCUCACUGAUCACAAUCCUAUUCAAAGCCAGAAGCAGAUCCCAGAAGAAUCUUCCCCCAGGGCCAUGGAAGCUACCUUUUUUGGGAAGCAUUCACCAUCUUGUUGUUGGCUCUGAUAAACCCUACGUCACCCUCAGAAACUUAGCCCGAAGGCAUGGCCCUCUCAUGCAUCUCAAGCUUGGAGAAAGAUCAACCAUAGUGGUUUCUUCCUCUGAAGUUGCCAAACAAGUGUUCAAAACGCACGACCUCAUUUUUGCUCAGAGACCUAAUCUUCUGUGUGCAGAAAUCUUCCUGUACAAUUCCUCUGAGGUUGCCUUUUCCCCUUAUGGAAUCCGUUGGAGGCAUCUAAGAAAACUAUGCACACUCCAAUUGUUCAGUCCAAAACGAGUGAAAUCAUUCCAAUCAAUAAGGGAAGCAGAAGUGAGAAAAAUGGUCAGAGACAUUUCUACAAACAUCGGGCGUGCAGUGAACCUGUGGGAGAAGAUCUAUGCAAUGACGUUUGUGAUAGUGACGAGAGCAGCUUUUGGGGAUUCAUGUAAAGAUCAAGAGGCGUUUAUUUUGGCUGUGAAGGAGAUGGUGAGGAUGGUUCGGGUUCAAGGUUUUUGCGUAAACGAUAUGUUUCCUUCGCAGAAAUGGCUUCCUUUGAUCACCGGAGAGAGGCGGAGAUUCGAGGAGAUUCACCGGAAUUGUGACACCUUGCUUCAGAAAUUCAUCGACGAUUCAAAGAGUGGGGACGGAGAAGAAGGAGAUCAUCAGAGUCUUCUGUAUGAUCUUUUGAACUUGAGAGAUCACAGCGGAUCAGAAGAAGCUCGCUUGACAAUCAACAAUGCCAAAUCUGUAAUUCUGGACGUGUUCAUUGCUGGAACCGAAACAUCAUCCACAUUGCUACAAUAUGCAAUUCUGGAAUUGCUGAGAAACCCAAAACUGUUGCGCAGAGCACAAGAAGAAGCGAGGCAAGUGUUUAAGAAGCAAGGGUACGUGAAUGAAGAAGAACUUGAGAAACUCAAGUACAUGAAAGCUGUGUUGAAGGAGACGUUGAGGCUACAUCCUCCAUUGCCAUUGCUGGUUCCAAGAGAGAGCAGUGAGAUAUGUGAGAUUAGUGGCUACACAAUACCCCCAAAAACACAGACGUUUGUGAACGCAUGGGCCAUUGGGAGGGAUACCAAUUGUUGGGAAAGAGCCGAAGAAUUUUUGCCAGAGAGGUUUUUGGAUUCUGAUGAGAUUGAUUUUAAAGGCUCCAACUUUGAACUCAUCCCUUUUGGAGCAGGAAGGAGGAUUUGCCCUGGAAUCACUCUUGCUCUCGCUAAUGUUGAGCUUCCUCUUGCUAAUCUUUUGUUCCAUUUUGACUGGAAACUUCCUCUUAGUGGGCACGCUACUCUUGAUGAGAAUCUCUCUGCCAUUCCUAUUUCUUAUCAUCACACCGCCUCUUCAAUUCUACAAAGUCGUUGA